AUGAAAGAGCAGACCAGUGCUUAUUUUAGUGAUAUAGAUGCUGAAGAAAACUUUGAAGUUCAGUAUCAAGAAGAACUUGAGAAAAUCCAUAUGCUUAAAAAGCAAAUAGAACAGAUGCGUCGUAAUAUAAAUAAGGAAAGAAGCGAUAGUCAAAUUCAGAACAUAAACCUAAUAGCAAAAAAUCAAAUAAAAUCAACUGCCCAGAAUAAUGAGAAAUCAGCAAACAAAUUUAAUACGAAGCUGGUAACUCAAGGCAAUAUGAAAUUGGCAACAAAAUAUGGUACCAAGUAUUCUAUUAAACCUACAACUACUACUCAUGUGAAGUUGCCUAAGGACAAUUCUAAGUUAGUUGCUAAAAGACGAUCAGGUGAUAUAGACUGGUCUUCGAUAAAAGGAUAUAAUUACUAUAAAAUUCCAUGGAUUUUGCAUCUCAAACCAGAAGAAUAUUCUUCAUAUUUGGAUGCUUUAAGAAAUUGUGCACGCAAGAUUUUAAAACAUUGUGACGAUGCUACAUAUCAUUAUACAGAUCCAAAACUUAUUGAAUCUGUUAUUAAAAAGUUUAAGGAAAAUAAUCAAUUUUUUCCAAAAACAAUCAGUGACUGGAUGAUACGUGAAAUGUUGCAGCAGAUAAUUAAUAACUGUCAUGAAUAUUUACGCAAAUCUGUUCAAAACAAAUUAGCCAUAAAAGGAUCAAAGGGCAAACCAAAAAUGUUAGUCAAUGUACACAAAAGAAAAAAAAUUUUUUUAAGCGAAGGUGUUUCAAAUAACAAUAACAGUGAUGAUGGGCAUAUCCUAAGUAAUGACAAUAGGCAUAUCCUAAGUAAUGAUGAUGGGCAUAUCCUAAGUAAUGACAAUAGGCAUAUCCUAAGUAAUGAUGAUAGGCAUAUCCUAAGUAAUGACGAUGAGCAGAUUUCGAAUCAUGAUGAUGAGCAAAUCUCAUAUUACGAUGAUGAGCAAAUCUCAAACCACGAUGAUGAGCCAACCUUAAAUAACAACAAUGUCUCUAAUCCCGAUUAA